AUGUCAUUUCAAACAUUACGCAAAGCAGAAAAUUCCUUGUUCAGCGACGAUUUUAUCAAAAAGAUAGCAAGAGGGAAGAAACACUCAGAAGAACUGAAGAGGACGUUGCAACCGCAUUUACCCAGACCCGGUUAUAAUCGUUAUCUUCGAGGAGGAAAUUCAUUUCGACCACGGUCAAAUUUUCCACGGAGUUCCGGUUCACGUCCUUGGAAUAAUAAUAACAAUCGUCCAUUCAGUGGUUUUAACCCAGGUGGUUCAAAACGGCCAAGUUAA